ACCCUAUUGGUUUAGAGGGAGACAUUCGCGCGCAAUUCUUUCAUCUGACGAACUGGCGACGUUGCACAAGGGAAUAUCGGGUGGAUGUCAGGCCGGUCAGUACCCCAUCUGACAUAGUAAGGGGACCACGCGCCGUCAGUUCACAAUGGUAACAGAAAAACAACUGUUUACAGAACUCCUGCUUCUGUACAAGGAUAUGCCUUGCUUAUGGGACAACAGACAAGUUGAGUACUGCAUUAGAGAAGCUAAAGAUCAGGCAUAUGAGAGUCUACUUGAAAAGUAUCGGCAGAUUCAUGAAGGAGCAAGCUUAGCAGACUUGAAAACUAAGAUUGAACAUAUGAGAGCUGCUUAUAGACGGGAACAUAAAAAGGUAUUGUUAUCUCGUUUAAAAGGCGACGUGGAGGAACACACACCGACAUUGUGGUACUACGACCUUUUAACCUUUUUGAAUGACGUCAGUAGGUUUAGCAAAAUCCAACUAACACCAAGAGCACCGGACGAAGAACAAAUAACAUUUAGCGAAGAACGAAAACCAAAGAAGCGACAGAGAAAAAGAAAAUAUCCCGCGAUACAAACUGUAUAUUUCUCGGAGACAAAUGACAGCGUAACCUCGGAUGAUCAUGAUGACAAUACAGAAGAUAACGAAGUACAUAUUAUGAAACAAGAAAAUGAUCAUAGUUCCCUAUCAGAUUUACCUGACAGUGCGGUAACAGAAUGCGAAUCAUUUGGCACAACAGUCGGCCUUCAACUGAAAGAUUUGGAUCGAAUGCAAAGAGCUAUCGCAGAAAAAUUGAUCUCAGAAAUCAUAUUUGAUGGUAGAUUAAACAGAUUAACAGUUAAUUCUAAGGUGAUGCACAGUUAAUUAAUACUAGAUGAAUUAUGUAGGUUUAAGCUAUG